UCCAAAAUGAUAAGACAGUAACUAUAAAACCAACCCUUCCCUUUCAUUCUUUUUGCGUCCUCCUCCAAUGGAUCUACCAUCUUUCCCUGCUGCCCCCACAGUUGGUGCCACAAGUGUACAUCUAAACUAUCCUGAAUCAGUUGAAUCAUCUCCACGGUCUCAUAAUGACAACACCUAUGAUGAUCCUCUCCCAGCUGUUCCUGGUGCAAGGCUACGCCUAAUGUGUAGCUUUGGUGGUCAUAUAAUGCCUCGUCCACAUGACAAAUCGCUUUGUUACAUCGGCGGUGAGACUCGUAUCGUUGCGGUUGAUCGUCAUUGUUCCCUUUCGGCCCUUUGUACCCGUCUCUCUCGUGCUCUUCUUAAUGGUCGUUCUUUUACCUUGAAGUACCAGCUUCCAACUGAAGACCUUGAUUCCCUUGUAUCUGUAUCUACAGAUGAGGAUCUUGAGAACAUGAUUGAAGAAUAUGAUCGUUUAAUAGCACCAUCAGCUUCUUCGGCAACCUCCUCGAGAAUCCGUUUGUUUCUUUUCUUUAACAAGCCGGACACUGCAGCUUCAAUGGGUCCAUUGCUAAAUGAUGCUAAGUCAGAAACAUGGUUUGUUGAUGCACUUAAUGGUUCAGGAUUGGUUCCUAGAGGAAACUCAGAUUCUGCUACCAUAGAAGCCUUGUUGAAUAUUGAUGGUGAAUUUGAGGCAGAACAAGUUGUAGAAGAGCAGAAUAAAGAAGUCAAAAACAAUAAUGUAGUUCAUGAAGUUCAGUGUUCAUUGCCUGAUUCUCCAUUAGUGGAGAAAACUUCAUCUUUUGGUUCAUCUUCUUCUUCACCUUCAAUGUCCAACUUGCCACCUAUUCGGGUUCGAUUUGAUCAAGAUGGUGGUCCUAAAGUUCAAGACCAAAGGGUUGGCAUAGAAGAACAGUUUGCUCAGAUAAGUUUUGCUACUAAUAUCCAUAAGCAAGAUGAUUGCUAUGGGGCGACGGCAGUGUCCGCUCUGCCGCCGCAUCUGGCGCCUACUCGCGGAGGUGGUUCUAGUGACAACUUGAAUCGUAUUUUAUCUGAUGAUGAGAGAUCCGAUCAAGGAGUUCCAGUCGGUUUUCGCAAACCUCCACUGCCAUUGCAGCCAGUACAACACAAAGCUUGUGGCACUUAUAAUUUGCCUUCCCCUGAUUCAGUUGCAAGUGAUAGUAGCAUUGCCUCUGCAAAUUCUCUCUCAAAGGCCAUGUAUUAUCAAGAUCAAACUCAUGUUACAACCAGAGAUAAUAGGACUGCUGCUAACCCCAAUACCAAUUCAGAUACUUCCAUUCCAAGCAACCAAACCCAAAUUCAACAGAUUCAAGAGUCCUACACUUUGUCUUCACAAUUGGAUCAACAACAGCAACAGCAGCAGCAGCAACAACAACAACAACAACAACAGUUCGUGCAAGACACUGUGCAUUACACCCCUGCUCCGAUGCAGAUGUCAUCUUACUAUCCGGUGUACGCUCCACCAUUACAACAGCAGCAGUUGCUUCAUCAUCCAGCUGAUCAGCAGUACCCCGCAGUAUAUGUAAUGCCUGUUACACAAGUAACACAACCACAACCAUACAUGUCUAUGCAACCUAAUACUGGUGUCAUGACUAUGAAAUCCAACGCAAGUGAUGCUAGUAUUAUGGCCCCAACUCGCCCAUUGACACCACCAACUCCUUCAAUGGCUACUGUCUCAACUGCUUACAAAGAGACUAUGCCGCCCAUCUAUCCCACAAGUACAGCUAAACCUGAAAUGGCAGCAACUGUGUAUAGAACAGCAGUUCCAUCACCUCACCAAGUGGUUCAAGUUCAACAACCAUAUAUAGGCUUCUCCCAAAUGCAGCAUCCCCCACCAUCACCUGCUGUAACUCAUACUGCUAAUUACCGCUACGAGUAUCCGAACCCUACACAAGAUCAAAUGUACUAUGCUCAGCAUCAAACUUCUCAACUUCCUCCGCAGUAUCAAACCUUGACUCCGGCUGCUGCAGCGGCUGCAUUGGCAGAUGCUUCGAAACAACUGCCUACAGAUGGUAGCAAUCAGCAAAUCAGGUGAUUGGUUUACUGAAACAUACAAUUUUGAUGAAUAUGGUGGUUGUACCUUGAUUUUUCUACCCGAAUAAUAAUGGUUAUAGGCACAAAAUUAAUGUUUUUUAGUAAGAUAAUUCACAAUAAGAUAUUCACCAUCGUUCAUUA